AUGUCCAAUGUGUCCAAGACAAUACUCGAAAAUGAGCCUCCGAAAGCGAAAAAAUUAAAAAAUCAAAUUCACAAUGUUGUAUCUACCAACAAUCCAAAUUUUCUGAACUCCAUGUUAGCCAUGAUGGACCAGAACAUGAAUAAUGUACCUUCCCCUCCUACUCUGAAGUCCCUUGGAAAAAUGCACACAACGCAGAAGAAAGAGAAAAAAGUACCGAAAGCAAUCGUGACACAAUCGGAAAGGAGCGGAAGCAAGGUUGUCAGCUGGAGGAAACCGUUAACAGAAGUCCGGGUGUAUAAACCAUUGUGA